AUGGUGGUCCCUCUCUACAAGAAGGGGGACCAGAAGGGUGUGUUCCAAUUAUUGUGGGAUCACACUCCUCAGCCUUCCCGGAGGAGCAGUGUGGUUUUCAUCCCGGCCACGGAACACUGGACCAGCUCUAUACUCUCCAUCGGUUCAUUGAGUGUUCAUGGGAGUUCGCCCCCAACCGGUCCACAUGUGUUUGUGGAUUUGGAGAAGGUGUUCGACCGUGUUCUCCGGGAUGUCCUUUGGGGGGUUCUCCAGGAGUACGGGGUAUUCUGCCUUAGGGCCUUACGGGCCCUGUAUGACCGGAGCAGAGCUGCGUUCGCAUCAGCAAUGCAGGAGGGGGUCCGGUUCGGGGACCACAGGAUUUCAUCUCCGCUUUUUGCAGACGAUGUUGUCCUGUUGGCUCCGAGGUGCCUUGCCCUCUCCAGGUGGGUGGAGAGGUCCUUCCUCAAGGAGUUCAAGUAUCUCGGGGUCUUGUUCACGAGUGAGGGAAGGAUGGAGAGUGAGAUUGACAGGCGGAUCGGUGCAGUGAUGCGGUCGCGGUGA